AUGACUCCUCUCUAAAUUAAGCUUUUGCUGGUCGCUUAGAUUUUGUGCGGUCUUUCUUCUGGUCUCCUUUAUAAGUAAUAACAAAGAAGUGUUGUUAAUGGUGUUGAAUUUAAUCACCCUUUUAUGUAAACUUAUCUCAUGUUUAUCGGAGAAGCCUUGUGUUUUGCUUUAUUCUUAGUUUAUAAAAAAAUGUAUCCAUAAUAAUACAAGAAAGAGUGCGAAGAUGCUGUACAAGAAGGUCUUAAAUUAAAUCCAAGUAAAUUCUUAUUUGCUAUUCCAACCCUUUGUGAUUUCACUACAACUACUGUUGGUUUCUUUGCUAUGUAUAUGAUGCCUCUUUCUAUUAACUAUAUGAUUAAUGGUGGUAAUCUUAUAGUCAUCUCAGUUUUUUCCGUUAUCUUCUUGAAGAAAGUUUUAUAUCGUCAUCACUACAUGGGACUCUUCUUAAACAUAGUAGGUUUGAUUAUUAUCGGUGUAAGUGCUAUGUAAAAUUCUAGUGAUGGAGAUAACAGUGCUCUCUUGCUUGGUAUCAUACUUUAAUGUUGCACAUUCUUUACAAGUUCUACCUAGAGCGUAGUAGAAGAAAAGUUUUUCAGAAAUUAUCAUCUCAAUCCUUUCGAGUUUGUAGGAUACGAAGGUUUCUGGGGUUUGAUUAUCACUAUGGCUGGACUUAACAUUUUUACUCACAUCGAUUGUCCCAGUAUUAUUUCAGACUGCCCUGAUGGUAAAAUGGAAUCAGUUCCUGGCUUCUUUGAUUAAGUUUUUACUAUUGAAGGUGAAUACUAACCUACCCUUUUAAUUGUAGUUAUAUUAACGAUAUUUGCUAUUUUCUUCUUAAACGGUAUUGCUUUAUCUAUCACUAAAUAUUUGAGCGCACUUACUAGAAGCGUUGUAGCAUCUGUAGUUCCUUUUGCUGUCUGGAUGGCAACACUUGCUCUUGGUUGGGAAGAAUUCAAUUACAUACAACUGAUUGGUUAUAUCAUUAUCACAAUUGGUUCACUUAUUUAUAAUGAAAUAAUAAAUAUUCCCGUUUUCAAUAUGAAUUACUAUACCAAAGAAAAAAUUGCUCAAAGAGAAAAAAUGUAUUAAGAAAAACCUGCUAUCACAAUAGAUUUACCUAAUUGUGAAGAAGAUGCAAAAAUUAAUGAUCCAUAGUUAAACAAUGUGGUCAGUGCAGAAACCCAAUAAGCUGCUUCUUGA